AUGCGUUUCUCACUUCAGAGUCUGUCCCUUUUCGCGCUCUCAUCCCAGGCAGGCCUCGCCCUCGCGGGACACUGCAAACCAUCGCCCACUACAACAGCCGCUGCAACCACCACCACCUCCAUCCCCGAAGGAACCCCCAUCAACGCCAUCCUCUCCGAUGGGAGCGUAGUAAACACCUAUCUCGACAAUGUCUACCUCAGCGAUCAAGGAGACACCCCCGCAACCUUCAUCCUCGAGCCAUCGACCGGUCGCCUCACCACGUACAUUAGUGGCACCAAACUUUACCUGCAAACCGUCAUCCCGCUUGGCCCUCAACUCUCGUUUCAGUUCGAUACCUAUCAGAAUAUUGUCAACAACCAGUACCGGUACUUUGUCAAGUGCGCGGUCGUCGCGGGCUUUCUGUCGUGCGAGUCUGAGAGUGGUCCGACGCCUAUUUAUUGGCACAUUGAGAGCAACAACAUUUUCUAUGGCAAUGAGAACACGCUCACUGGUGUUACUACUGCCCAGUUCAAAUUCCAGUAG